AUGACUGUUACGCACACAGAGAUACUUAUGCGAAACCGGAUAAUUCAGUCUAAGGCACGCGUCCUCACCGUCACCUGCUUCCAGUGCGCUCUCCUAUUCCACAAGUCCUUCUUCAACGCUUGCUCAUUAUCGGACGAAUCGGACAUCCGGCACGAGACAACUAAAACAGAGAUGAGGAAUUCGUCGCGCACGCAUUCUUUCCGUUCAUCGCCCAGCCGUCAAAAGGCAAAUGUGAUUAGUUGGGGAAAGCAGUGUGGGCCAGUGGCGAUGGUGGGAAGACGACUCCUGACCAAUUUCGAGAGCAAACAGAAGUCGCACACCACCGUGAUGGCCUCCUCCUCAAUCACGGAAGACGCCGAAACCACAAAGGAGGAUUUCGAUUCAGAACGUUCCCUUGCUGACUGCUUCUGGAGUGGCGUUCAAUGGGAUUUGUUGGAUCCAAUGGUGCCAUUGAACGGUGUUAAUUAG